AUGGAGAUGAAAAAGGAAAAUAAAAGCUUAGGAAGCUAUUCGCUAUGUAUAACAGUACGUGGUUUCAAUUUGAGAUUGAGUAUCACCAAUUCGAACACAAUUGCAGGUUCAUCUGGAACACUGAAGUUAAUUGAUAUUCCAACAUCUCCGGCGAUAGUGAAAUAUGAAAGUAUAAUAAUACCAGAAAGUACACCAAGUGUUAUUGAAGUAGGCCAAGUAUACCAAGACAAGCAAACAAUUGCAAGUGCAAUGAAGCACUAUUCAGUCACGAACAAGUUCCAAUUUAGGGUAAAAGGAUCUAGUGCUAGAAGCGUGAACUUAACAUACAUGCAAGCUUGGAGAGCAAAGGAAAAGGCUUUGGAGUUUUUGAGAGGUCAUCCUGCUGACUCAUACAACAAAUUGCCUAGUUAUUUGUAUAUUCUAGAGAAGACUUAUUCGGGGCCAAUUGUAGUAGUUGAUGGGACCUUUUUAAAGUCAGCAUACAUGGGAAUAAUGCUAACAGCUAGUACAAUGGAUGCAGCAGGUAUUAAACCAAUUAAUUGCUUUUUGCCACAUAAUGUAUGUACCAUAUUACCAUUGGCAUAUGCUGUUGUUGAUUCAGAAAAUGACGCAUCAUGGAAGUGGUUUUUUGAGCAAUUCAAACAUACGUAUGGUGAAAGACCAAAUAUGUGUGUUGUUUCAGAUCGGAAUGAGAGUAUCUUGAAGGCAACAUCUAUUGUUUAUCCCGCCAUGCCACAUUAUUCUUGCAUGUGGCAUAUUUGGACAAAUAUAAGAGCAAAGUUCAAUAAGGGACAUCUAAAGUUAAGCGAAUUGUACUUUGCCAAGGCACAGUCAUACAUGCUUGAUGAAUUUAAUGAAAGGAUGUCAAAGAUUGAAGAGAUUGAACCGCGUGUUAGAGCAUACUUAUACGAUAUUGGCUAUCAUAGAUGGUCUCGAGUACAUGCUACGGUGAACAAAAUUUGGACUAUGAUAUCGUUGAAUGCUGUAACAAAAGAUGCAAGAGAACUGCCGAUAGUAAAACUAUUAGAGUAUAUGAGGACUCUUCUUGAACGUUGGACUAAUGAAAAGUUAUUGAAAGAAAAGGGUACAUUCACAUACCUUGGGUUUAAAUUCAACAAAGAGUUGGAUGACAACAGAACAUUGUCGCACAAGCUUAGAGUGAGGGCUUCAAUAGACUACAUCCAUACAGUACUAGAUGGUAUGAGGGACUAUAUUGUUUGUCUUGAAAAUAAAAGAUGUAGUUGUGGGCAAUUCCAGCUUGAUGAACUUCCUUGUCCACAUGCUUUGGCUGCUUUAAGGCACAGGGAUGGGUCUUAUGAACAAUAUUGUUCUCCUUAUUACACAAGGGAGAACCUCUUGCGUACUUAUGAAAUACCAGUAAAUCCCCUACCUGAUGAAAGCAAAUGGAAUAUGCCACAACGUAUAACUGAAGAAGUUGUAAAUCCACCUUCAGGUGGGAAAAGACAGCCAGGAAGACCUCAAAACAAAGAUACAAAAUAUAUAAUGAAGUAA